AUGUCUGGUUUAGAUAAUGUUAAACGAGUUAUUGUGGUUUUAUCAGGCAAAGGAGGAGUUGGUAAAUCAACUGUAGCUGCACAACUUGCUUUAUCACUUUAUUCAAGUGGUCUUCGAGUUGGUUUACUUGAUGUUGAUUUAUGUGGUCCAUCCAUUCCAAGAAUGUUUGGUGUUGAUAAAAAUACCAAAUCGAAUGUUGUUUAUGAAACAGCAGAAGGUAUGACACCAAUCGAUAUAUUUUCAACAUCAAAUGAUUCUUCAAGAUUUAAAUUAAUGUCAAUGGCAUUAUUAUUAGAUAAUUCAAAUGAUGCAAUUAUAUGGCGUGGACCACGAAAAAUAGCUAUGAUUCAACGUUUAUUAAUGGGUGUUAAAUGGGGUGAACUUGAUUAUCUUAUUAUUGAUACACCACCAGGUACAUCUGAUGAACAUAUUGCUGUUAUGACUGUACUUAAACAACAAAUACAUGCAAAAGAUUUUUUACGUGCAAUACUUGUAACAACACCACAAAUGUUAUCAAUAAAUGAUGUACGACGUGAAAUAACAUUUUGUCAAAAAACAUCUUUUCAUAUAAUUGGUUUAAUUGAAAAUAUGAGUGGUUAUGUAUGUCCAUAUUGUAGUGAAUGUACAAAUAUAUUUGCACAAGGUGGUGGUUUAUUAUUAGCUGAACAAUAUUCAAUACCAUUUUUAGGUCGAUUACCAAUUGAUAAUAAUUUAAAUACAAUACUUGAUCAAGGUAUUCAACAAGUUGAUCAUGGUUUAGAUAAAAUAUUAGAGUGUGAAACAAUGAAAUUAUUUAAAAAUAUACUUAAUCAAAUACUUGAUCAUUGGGAAUGA